AUGGAAUCGUUUUGGGAUCAAGUCGAAAUAACAGAGGAUCAAAUGAACACCUUCAGACGGCUCCAUGCCAUCAUCAAUAACCAAUAUUGUGAGCAGAGGGAAAAUCUCUCAAUCGAAGAGAUGCAAGAUUGGGACAAUUACUGCCUCAGUAAACUGAGCAACACGGACACGUUAUUCAAUACCAUACGGUUCUUAGCUACGCAAGACUUUGAAAAGUUUCGCUUUGUAUACUUCAUGAUUAGAGAGGUUUUGAAAGAGGUAGACAGGAAACAAAAGGAAAUCGAUGAAUUGCAGAAGGAAAACUUGGAGUUAAAAGCCAAAGUGUCCAUGAAGGAGCAAUUUGUACAACUUCUCUCCACCACAGCCACCAAUUGCACUUCUACAAGUCAAGAAAACACUGCAGCACCAAAGAUUGUGCUGUCUCCAUCUUCCGAACCUCCAUCUCUUAUCACCACAAGCGUCGAAUCUCCACAGAAUAUCCUCGUCUUAUCCAAUCCUUCGGUGUUUGUCACUUCUUCUGCCGCAGACAACACGUUACUCACUGCCGCAAAUGCAGCCAAUGCGAUCAAUCCCUCAAUUAAUACUUGUAGUGUUUCAACUUGUUCUGACUCCAACGUUUCGGAAGCUUCUCACACAAAUCCCGGUGAGGUGUCGAAUGAGAGCAAACCAACUGAGUUAAUGCCUGAUGUUUCGCUUUCACCCUCUGCAGACCAAUCGCCACCCGUACCUAAACCACAAAGGAGACUUUCCAUUAUCAUUUUAUAA